UGACUUUGGAAGCAGUAAGCGAAAGCUCCUCCUUCGAAGCAUCUGCCCACGGCAGCUGGGUAACAACUCCGACCGAAUAACCGGUGGCCAAUUUAUGCGGUUCAAGGGUCAAGUAAUAACCUAGUAGGAACCAGUUUUGUGGAGUAGGAACAAUAAGAAAAAAUGACAUUUUCCGAGCGACGGUGUGCAAAAUAAAUACAAAAAAAAAACAAACAAACAGCCGAACACCUCCCGGAGUGUGAGCUUGACCUGCGAAACAAAAUCGGGCACAUUAUAAAGUCCUUAAUAGAGUCAAGUGGUUGGUUUUUUUUUUGCUCACUCGUUGUUGGUCUCGGUUUUGGCCAACCUCCCCCCGCCUUCGGGAUCGAGUGACUGUGACUGAGUGUGUUCAUUCGGGAUAGGAAAAAAAAAACAAAAAAAAAAACCGUGACGCCCUCGGUGUGUGUGGCCACUGGAGCACGCCACUCUGAGGUCCACCAGGCCCAGCAGCAGCAGCAGAAGCAUCGGCGGUGGUGGUGGUGGUCAAAAGUUUUUUUUCUCACCAAAUUUUGGUUUGGGGUUUUCGCGUGAAUUUUUUUUUCCUCCACCAUCGCAGUCCACACGUUUCAGUGAAAAUUCGAUUUACUGCCACCAUCGGGGGAAAAGCCAGCAGCCAGCGACGGAAAGUGCGAAUCGCUCUGAGUUCAUGAUAAUGAUGAUGAUGACGACAACGACGACGACGACGAUGGUGAUGGAAAAAUAACCGGGUGCGAACAGGACCAUAAAAAAAAAACCAGCACGCCAACACGUGAUAGCAGCAGCAGCAGCAGCAGUGGCAGUUUUCAUCGCCAAAUCCCGCGAACCAGUGACGUUGCUGGGCAGUCAGCGAGUGGUUCAAAGCAGAUAGAAAAAAAACUCCUGUCCUGACCGAAAAAAAAUGUGAAGUGCUCAAAAAAUAAAAAAAAAGAAGUAAAAACCUUGUGGAAAUAUAUUUAUUUGUGAUUUGAUACGGAUACCGCAGAGCAGCGGUGGCAUGCGGGCUCGAAACGGGCGACACAAUUGUGUGUUAAGUGACGAGUCAUCGGGAGCAUCGCGAUAAAAUUGAAAAAAAAAACGACCCGCGUGCUUUUUCUGUUGUUGGUUUUAUUGUUUGUUCCUACCAGUGUCCCACCAGUGUGUUGUUGUUUUCCGAUGUUGAACACGAACAUGGCCACGGAAACCUCGACAUAGAAGUCACACCGCGCGCACACACACACCUCUCCCCAGAGAGUGGAGCAAAACAAAAAAUUACAGUCAAACCAAAACAACUCUGAGUGCUUCGGUGGGAAUUGGAGGGUAGGGGCAGUAGUCAUCUCUUCCGUUCGGACUCGUUGAGAUAAACCGAAAAACCGCAAUCGAAUGUGCCGUACGCAGUGGAUCAAGCUCCCGUCAGGAUCAGGACGCACACACACACACAGUGAAUGAGUGAAAAAAAAAAAUUCCCGCGCCACCCGCCAGUGAAGUUCAAAGUGAUGAAAAAAUAAAUAAAUUCGCCCCGAGUCGCGGUCCGAGUUGGUGACCGAAAAAAAACGAGAUUGAAUAGAAUGAUUUGGGAAAUACCGACGAUUGCGGAAUGUGAAGAACCUACACUACCGUCGGCGAAUCCCAGAAGUGAUCCCGCGCCACUGCAAAACUGUGAACACGACAUCCCAUUCACAGUGCCAAACAGAGCAGCAGGCAAAUUGAAAGUCAAUUAAAACGUCCAAAUAGACUGCGACCGAUUCGCGAUCCCGUAACAAAUUGACCAGAUUGCAAGUGUUUUUUGUCGAAAGCCGGUGCCGCGAACAGAAUCCAAUUCGGACGGAGGAAGGAAGAAAGGAAGAAAGGUGCCAGUGAAACGAACAAAUUUACCAAAGCAUACGUGAUAAAAGGCAUAAAUCAAAGUGUUUCGAUAUUAAAAAUGCAUCUGACUGCGAACAAUUCGACGACAAACAGCAGCAACACCAACGGCAACACCAUCGGCAGUAAUAACAAUGGUAGUGGUGGUGGUGGUGGGGGCGGUGGAGUUACCGGAAGUGGUGCCGGAGGAGGAAACAACAACAACAGUAGCAGCAGUAGCAAUAACAACAGUGGAGGUGGCAAUAACAGCAAUAACAACAACAACAACAGCAGCAGUAGCAAUAACAAUGGCGCGGCAGCUGGAGAAAAUGGCCCACCGUCGGCCGCCAGCAUACUCCAGGACACCUACACAAAGAUGACGUCCGAUAUACUGGCCGAACGGACGUUGGGCGAUUUUCUCUCCGAGCACCCGGGCGAACUGAUUCGAACCGGGAGUCCUCUGUUUGUUUGCACGGUGCUGCCACCGCACUGGCGAUCGAAUAAAACACUUCCGGUUGCGUUCAAGGUCGUCGCGCUCGGAGACGUCGGCGACGGAACGAUGGUGACGGUGCGUGCCGGAAAUGACGAGAACUACUGCGCCGAACUGCGGAACUGCACAGCUGUGAUGAAGAACCAAGUGGCCAAAUUCAACGAUCUCCGGUUUGUGGGGAGAAGCGGUCGAGGCAAAAGUUUCACCCUCACCAUCAUGGUAUCGACGAGUCCCCCGCAGCUGGCCACCUACAACAAAGCCAUCAAGGUGACCGUCGACGGACCCCGGGAGCCCCGGUCAAAAACAAUGUUAUCGUCACUUCUAGGACAGCAGCAGCAGUUCCAUUUCGCCUUCGGUCAGCGCCCGUUCCACUUCCCGGCCGAUCCACUGUCCAGCUUCCGGAUGCCACCGAUCGAUAUGUCCCAAUUCGGUCUGGGAACAGCCAACUCUCACUGGAGCUACAGUUCAACCGGGCCGUACUCUCCGUAUCUCACCUCCUGCACAACACCGACGGCGGCUCAAUUCAACAACCCGGCACUGGGUUUUACCUGUUCUAGUGGUGAGCAGAACGCAGGACAAGAUUUCACCAGCGCCGGAAGAGACUGCGUUCCGAUGCUCCCGGAUUCCACGGCUGCCGAUCUUGACCAACACCUGAGCAGUUUGGUAGGAACUCAGCAAACCGCCCAAAUGACCCAUCCCAGUCUCAUGAGUGGAAAUGGUAGUGCCAACGCAACCGGAAACGGAACCAAUGGCAGUGGAGUGACGUCGCAGGCGAACGCCAUUUCCACUACCAACGGUCCCAACGGGUUGCUCGUUCCUCGGUACCAAAGUAAUUCUAGCAACAACAACGACUACAGCCUCCACACCAGCCAAAGUGGUCCCCGGAGUCUCAGCGAUUCUUCCCAGGCAGAGUCUCCGGUUCAGGAGGACCUGUUGACUUCCAACACACCGAACUUGGGAGGAAGUGCGAACCAAAACUUUUCCAGUCUCGUGGUCAACCAAAGUCAGGCCAAUUACGGUUCAAGUAGUGGUAGUUGCAAUGGUUCUCUGUAUCCGGUACUUCCGGCAAGUUUACUCUACUCCCAACUUUACACUGCAGCAAACCAAACGCAUGGUUUUCACAACCAUCCGCUGCAGAACAGCCAUGCGACCGGUCAGAACGCAUCGAUGCAUGCCGGAGAACUUCAAAGUGUGAUGGAUCAUUUGACUUCAUCCACGGUCAACAGUGGCCGGCAGCAUCCGAACCUGAUGAGUAACAAUCCCCAUACGGAUUUGUCGCUGAUUGGGAACUGCGGUGCGAUGGCACGUGGAGCCCUCGAUGAAGUAGGAGCUCGGGCACUGGCGGCCGGUGGUCGAGGCGUUCCCCCGCAAGGUCAGGUACAGUCCGAAAACGGGAACUCCGUCUGGAGGCCCUACUGAGGAAAGCUUCAACCGUAGGGUUAAAGUGCAAUAAUUCGGAUGUUGUUAAGAGAAGCUAUGUUACUUGUUUUAUUUGAAACUAUGUUCGAUCCAUUUAUGACGGUGUUCAUUUCUGCCAUUUUUGUCUUAUGUAAAUAAUCGUUUCAUCCAACUGGAUAGCAUUUCACCCACGGUUGAUGUACACUAAACUAAAUGUUAAUGCGUAACCAGAGAAAGUCGUCGUUUGGAGCACUUUCCUUAAACUUUGUCAUUUUCCAACAAAAAAACAAAACUUACUCUUAGAUAACAUAGACCGAAUACGAUGAAAGAUAUACCUUUGUACAAUUUAUUCUGUGUACCAGUUGAGAACAAACAAACAAACCCGACAGGAACUUGCAGCCAAAAUGAUGCCCCCGAAACGUAAAAAACCCGUAAGAAGUAUUCGUAGUUACCAGUGAUUACCGAAUAGCUGUUAUUAGAUGAGCUCUCUUUUCUAUUUUGCAACAAUGCUGGAAGUAUGUCCAAAGAAAUAGCCAAAAUGUAGCAGUAAAAUCGUAGCACAAAACGAGCAAUUUGAGCACAGGCACCAUAGGAAAAGUAGCCCUCAGAGAUAGCUCACAUGUUCUCCCUUUUUCUCGAUGUGAAAUACUCCAAUCACGGAAAUAGUGUUGCAUGUAAUAAAAUCGAUCAACGUAUGACCCCUUCCCCCCCCAUCGUAGUGAGCGAUAUCCAACAGCAGCAAGUAGCAAACUAAAUGAUUUUGCCAAGAUGUUAAUACUAUUGUAGAAAUAAUGACAGAGUCUGUAAAAUCUGAGAUGACGGAACGUAAAUAAAU